AGACAUGGCAUGUAACGAAGUAUUCAUCUAUCUGAGAGCACCCAUUACAGAGAUAAAUGGCUUGUUUGACACAGCAAUUCGUUGGGUUGAAGUGCCCACCAAUUUCAUCAACAAGGCUUGUGAAUCCCAUUAAUCAUCAUCAUCAUCAGAGUAAGCAACAGAGACAGAAGCCAAGAAUUGUAGUACAAGCUGCAGCAGUGGUCGCAAAUGCACAAACGAGAGAAAGACUAAAACUUAAGGAGAUGUUUGAGGAUGCCUAUGAGCGAUGCCGCACUACACCUAUGGAAGGUGUUGCCUUUACUGUUGAUGAUUUUCAUUCUGCCCUUGAAAAAUAUGAUUUUGACUCAGAAGUUGGUACCAAGGUCAAAGGAACGGUUUUUUCUGUAGAUGCAAAUGGAGCUCUUGUUGACAUCACAGCAAAAUCAUCUGCAUACUUGCCUGUACGAGAGGCUUCACUUCACAGCAUCAAACAUGUAGAGGAAGCCGGAAUAUUUCCUGGCUUGCGUGAGGAGUUUGUGGUAGUUGGUGAAAAUGAAGCUGAUGAUAGUUUGGUUUUGAGUUUGCGAUCAAUUCAGUAUGACCUUGCAUGGGAGAGAUGCAGGCAGCUACAAGCUGAAGACGUUGUCAUCAAAGGCAAGGUGGUUGGUGCAAAUAAAGGUGGAGUGGUCGCUCUGGUGGAGGGCCUUCGUGGUUUCGUUCCAUUCUCCCAGAUAUCAACGAAAUCAACUGCAGAGGAGCUAUUGGAAAAGGAGCUUCCUCUGAAGUUUGUUGAGGUUGAUGAAGAGCAAUCCAGACUUGUUCUCAGCAAUCGUAAGGCCAUGGCUGAUAGUCAGGCACAAUUGGGAAUAGGCUCAGUUGUUCUCGGAACUGUUCAGAGCUUGAAACCAUAUGGUGCCUUCAUUGACAUUGGUGGGAUCAAUGGCCUCCUUCAUGUGAGCCAGAUUAGUCAUGAUCGUGUUUCAGAUAUUGCAACAGUCCUCCAGCCUGGUGACACACUCAAGGUCAUGAUAUUGAGCCAUGACCGUGAGAGAGGUCGAGUGAGCCUUUCUACGAAGAAGCUAGAGCCUACACCUGGUGACAUGAUACGCAACCCAAAGCUUGUCUUUGAGAAGGCUGAAGAGAUGGCCCAGACAUUUAGGCAGAGAAUUGCCCAAGCUGAAGCCAUGGCCCGUGCAGAUAUGCUGAGGUUCCAGCCUGAGAGUGGAUUGACCCUCAACUCUGAUGGGAUUUUAGGCCCGCUGACUUCUGAACUACCUGAGGAUGGACUGGACUUAAGUGAGAUUCCGCCAGCUGAAGAAUUAUGAAUUCUAAAUCAAACCCCUUCUUUUUGACCCAUUUGUUGCACAAGUUGUAUAAAUAAAUAUUGUUUGUAGCUUUAGGAACUAUGAAUUGCACCCUGCAGUCAUUAUAUUGUAUUUUACCAUGAUCCUCAACAAUUUGGCUUGCUGUAUUUUGCUGUAUGAAUCAUCACUAACAACAGUAACGGUUGAAGCAUACUUGGUUCUUAUUAAGAAGCUUCCGAUAUCA